GUCGUUGACAAAGUAAAUUGCGCUGGGUGCAAGACAGAUCAUUUCCAAUAUAGGCCUAUAAUUCAUCUGUCAUGAGCUCAGCUGAUAGUAAAUGCCAGUAAGGCAAACACAGUGGGACCUGAGAUAAGGUGUGUUCAGUCUGUCUAUGACUAGCCGUUCUGGCUGCCUGCUCAUUAUAUUGCUAUGAGGGGUCACUCUGCAUUGGCUCAUCAUCUUCUAUAAGCCAAUCCAUGCUGUGUCUCUGUGGAAAGGUUAGCUAGUGAGACUUCAAUAGGAGAGAGAUUGUUUGUUUCAUGAAGUGGAUGGGACCAGAAUUAAAAGUACAAUAUGUAUUAGCUUUGAAUUACAGAUUUCUAUUAUUUUAUUUUUUAAAGGACUAUUACAAUUAUUACAAACAAAAAGUAUUUGAUGGAUGAAGUGAAGGAUGAGGAUAUUGGCAGCUUCAGGUAAUGUCUCCGUAGUUUACUGCUCCGUAGAAGUUGUUGUCGUGUAACAUCAUUUAUCACCGACUCGCUCUCGCCUCACGUGUAUGGAGUCUAAUUUGCCCCUCCCACUCAGACAGCCCCUGUUCCAGCCACGGGAAGCCACCAACCUGCCUCCUCCCUGGCCCCUAAUUAGAAGGACUAGUUUGAUGGAUUAAGUCAACAGUACGCACAGACAAGGGGGUAAAACCACCACUUAAUGUAGCCAGCCAGAGAAUUUCUUGUCUCUGCUGUUUUGGGAGGACUUGUAGCUCUCUCCCUUAACAAAUGUUGCUUUAAAUUAAUUGAUUGAGGCUUCUUUUACCCGUUGCUCUGGACCAGGGCCAAGAUACAGGCUGUCUAGCACAUUAGGCACCACCCCCCUUGCAAGUUUGAAAUGUGAGCUGCCUGCGUUUUUUUUCUUCUCUCCCCCUCUCCCUUCUGGCGAAGUGGCUGUGGCUGCUUCUGUGUGAUGUGUGUAUUGGGAGAGCAAGCAAUGGAUCACUAGACAGAAACAGAAGAUACAUCAAUAACAGCUGCAUACAUCCGAGCCCUGCUAUCGUCCUGGUGUGAGGAGCUGGGACGCCUGCUUCUCCUCCGUCACCAGAAGAACAGACAGAACGAGCCCCCUGGCAAAGUACCCAUGCAGACCCCCAUGAGUUCCAUGAAGCCCACCCUCUCACAUGGUGAUGGGUCCUUUCCUUAUGACUCGGUUCCAUGGCAGCAGAACUCCAACCAGCCCCCUGGCUCUCUUUCCGUGGUAACCACCGUCUGGGGAGUAACCAAUACCUCGCAAAGUCAGGUGUUGGGUAAUCCGAUGGCCAACAACAACAACCCCAUGAACCCUGGGGGAAAUCCCAUGGGGUCAGGCAUGUCUGGGAAUAACCCAGGCCUGAACUCCCCCCAGUUCCCUGGUGGCCCCCAGCAGCAGUUUCCCAACAAAGGCAGCUCCAACCAGACCUACAUGCAGCAGGGCAUGUACGGACGCCCCAACUAUCCUGGGGGAGGUGGCUUUGCUGGAAAUUACCCCGGGGGUCCAAACUCUGGUCCUGGUGGUAUGGGCAUGCCUCCCCACUCCCGGCCGCCCUCAGACUUCACCCAACCGGCCGCUGCUGCUGCUGCAGCCGCUGUGGCCGCUGCUGCCGCCACGGCAACGGCCACCGCCACAGCUACAGUGGCUGCUCUUCAGGAAACACAAAACAAGGACAUGAACCAAUACGGACCGAUGAGUUCCUCUUUCCAGAUGGGACCAAACCAGGCAUAUAACAACCAGUACAUGAACCAGCCUGGGCCCCGUGGGCCCCCAAAUCUCCCCGGAAAUAUGGGAGCAGGCAUGAACACAUCCAACAUGAGUGGCCCCCCUAUGGGCAUGAACCAGCCACGGGGCCAAGGCAUGGGGCCCUUCGGGGGGCACGGCCAGAGGAUGCCCCAACAAGGCUACCCAGGACCCCGCCCUCAGGGCAUGGGCAUGCAGGGCAUGAAGAGACCCUAUCCUGGGGAGCCUAACUAUGGUGGGCAGCAAUAUGGACCAAACAGCCAGUUCCCUAACCAGCAGGGGCAGUACCCUGCUCCCAACGCGUCCCGGCCACUCCCCUCCCCCAACUACCCCAGCCAGAGGAUGCCAGGCCAGCAAAUCCAAGGCCAGUACCCUCCUCCAGGUGGUGCCAUGGGCCAGUACUAUAAGCAAGAGCCAUUCAAUGGCCAAAACAACUUUUCUGGGGGUGGAUAUCAAUACAGCCAUGGCAAUAUGAACGGGCCUCCCAGACCAGUGGGUAACUACCCCCACUCCCCAGUGCCAGGCAACCCCACCCCACCCAUGACCCCAGGAAGUAGUAUCCCUCCCUAUUUGUCGCCAAACCAGGACGUCAAACCUCCAUUCCCUCCAGACAUUAAACCAAAUAUCAACGCACUUCCUCCACCUUCAGCCAAUCCAAAUGAGGAGCUGCGUCUGACGUUUCCAGUGAGGGAUGGGGUGGUCCUAGAGCCCUUCAGGUUGGAGCACAACCUAGCCGUCAGUAACCACGUCUUCCAUCUUCGGCCCACCGUACACCAGACCCUAAUGUGGAGGUCUGACCUGGAGCUACAGUUCAAGUGCUACCACCACGAAGACCGACAGAUGAACACCAACUGGCCGGCAUCUGUCCAGGUUAGCGUCAAUGCCACACCUCUCACCAUCGAGCGGGGCGACAACAAGACGUCCCACAAGCCCCUGCACCUGAAACACGUGUGCCAGCCAGGAAGGAACACCAUCCAGAUCACUGUCACGGCCUGCUGCUGUUCGCACCUGUUCGUGCUGCAGCUGGUCCACCGGCCGUCAGUGCGCUCCGUCCUGCAAGGUCUGUUGAAGAAGAGGCUGCUGCCAGCAGAGCACUGCAUCACCAAAGUCAAGAGGAACUUCAGCAGUGUAGCGGCAUCCACCGGGAACACUACACUGAAUGGAGAGGACGGCGUUGAGCAAACAGCCAUCAAGGUCUCCCUAAAAUGUCCUAUCACCUUCCGGCGGAUCCAGCUGCCAGCCAGAGGCCAUGACUGCAAACAUGUCCAGUGUUUUGAUUUGGAGUCAUAUUUACAACUGAACUGUGAGAGGGGAACAUGGCGAUGUCCUGUAUGCAAUAAAACAGCGUUGUUGGAAGGUUUGGAAGUGGACCAGUACAUGUGGGGAAUCUUGAAUGCCAUCCAAAACUCGGAGUUUGAAGAGGUCACAAUUGACCCAACGUGUAGUUGGCGACCUGUCGCCAUCAAAUCGGACAUCCACAUCAAGGAGGACCCGGACGGACCUAUGGCCAAAAGGUUCAAGACUAUGAGUCCCAGUCAGAUGAUAAUGCCCAAUGUGAUGGAUAUGAUUGCUCAACUAGGCCCAGGGCCAUCACCCUACCCUUCUCAACAGGGGGGCAACAACAGUGAAUUUGGUAGCCAAGGCAACAAUUACCAUGGGCAUGGGAACUUUGACUUCCCCCAUGGGAACCCUGGUGGUACUUCAAUGCACGACUUCAUGCAUGGCCCCCAGCUGUCCCACCCUCCGGACAUGCCUCCCAGCCUUAUGGCCCAGGAAAAGUCUCUCUCCCACAGUAUACCUGACACAAUACCUCAUCCUGCCAGCACUGAUCAGUCCCACAGCUCGUUGCAGCAGAGCUUACACACCUCUCACCCCGGCAGCCAAUCAGGGCAGCAGUUGCAUCUCAGCGGGCCUCCUCAGCCAUCGCGUCAGGCUCCGCCUCCACAGCAGCCUGGCCCUAACAGCCAUCCCCACGGCGACCUGACCUUUAACCCCUCCAACAGCUUAGAGGGCCAGGUUGGAGGGCAGGUAGCCCCUGAUAUGCCUGAGCCUUCCUUGGAUCUUCUUCCAGAACUGGCUAACCCUGAUGAGUUGUUGUCCUACUUGGACCCUCCCGAUCUCCCGAGCAAUAGCAAUGACGACCUGCUCUCACUCUUUGAAAACAACUGACAGUCCAGAGACAAAAAAAACAUGCACACACACAAGAACUGGCCGGGCUGCCUGGAGUCCACACACCCCAAACCUGGGACUGAUGCUCAUACUUGACAAACACAAAGAUGCACUCCCUUUCUCUUCUUCCUCUUGUACAGUUUUCAUUCUCAAACCGACUGAACAAGGUUUUAAAACUCAAACACAUGGCAGUGUUGCCUACCUGCUCUUUGCUCCAUGGCGAUUGCUAUGAACUGUGCAGCUAUAUUCUAUUGUUUUUGUAUAUCACACACUGUGUGCACAUUAGGAAAGUGUUGUAGCAUUUUUUUAUUCCAAUUUUAUUUCCUGUUCAGAUUUUUUUUUUUUUAAACCCUGUCUUGAGCUAAUUUAUGUCCACAUCGUUUUUCCAAUUUAGGAGCCCCCUCUUUUUAAUCAGUCAUUUAGUAACUUGCUCUUUUUUCCAGACCGGUUAGUAACACUGUUUCUGUUUCUCUAUGACGCAUUUUUUCAAAGCACAAGGGAUUUUGUCAAUGCAAAAACAAAUACAUCUAAAAGGGAAGUAAAUUAGCACCUAAGUCAUGAAAAGAAUGAAUAGACGUCUUUAGGUGAGCAGUCUCCCACCCCUCUCAACCCCCCAUCAUAGCAAUUUUAUUACAUUUUUUACAGCUUCAAUUUUUUCAUCCAACUUCAGUUUUUGUUUGUAAUUUUGGAAAGGAGACACAUCCCCGCCAUGAGGGAAAAGAGCGGUAUAGGUAGAAUGGGAGCAAUGCAUCGCUGAGGACGAAUGCAAACAAGGGUAUCAACUUUUGGGAAAGAGGUUCUACUCAAACUAACUCACACAGACAUGGCAGUUCUAUCCUAAGAGCCUUUUUGUACUGUUUGGCUGUUACAUACAGUAUUGUAUGUAGUUUAUAAUCCCCUAGUGAGAGCAUCUAAGGAAAAUAAAGGGGUACUGAGAGAACUACUUGAAAUGACCUGCUUAUAGCUAGGACUCACUCCUUGCUGUUUUCUCUGCAUGGGCCCUGUGCUGCUUGUGUUCCCAUUUUUGCAAAGUUGCGUCUCUCUUCCUGUUGAAAAUGAACUGUAGUAUACAAAGUGCAUGUGUGCCAAGCCCUUGUCUAGUGGUAUUCCAAGUAGUAAAGGUAGUGUGUGUUUUUUAUAAGUUGCUUCCAUCCUUCUGUAGUCUGAUUUAUUUAACACUAAAAUGUUGAAGGGAUAAAGCUAAUGUCAGCUGUUCAUAGUAUCUGCAUUUUCUGGUGAUAUGUUUUAAUUAUGUUUGUUUCUUUUCUUUAUUAUACAUUGCUGCAAAUUUCAACUAUUCAUCAACCAUUGGGAUCUUGCUAAUCAUCACCAAAGUUAGGGGGAAUGGUAGCCUUAGAACCAGACAAAUCUGCAAGCUAAUUUUUAUUUACUCUGGCAGAAUAGCAAAAUACACAUUUGCAAAUUAGUCCGACAAUGCCAGACUAGGGGAGUGGAAGAGAUGAAUGAAUGUAGUUAUGUAUGUGAUUGUCCGGGUGAGCUGGCAUGUGUGUGAGUACCUGUUCUUUGAGCUAUUAAAUAAAACAAUUAUGAUUCAUCCAUCA